CAAUGGAUAAAUCAAACAAAAAAGUUUGUGGUUUAGCGGAAAUUUGGUGUUCACAAAAUCCAUUUAAAAUCCUUCACUAAACAUCAAAGUAGUGAUGAUAAUUUUCCUCAGUAUUUUAUUCGCUCAUUCCCGUAACUCGUACACAUAUGAAUGGACAUAAAAUAUGUGUAACAACGUGGUUUUUAGCAUAAUAUGUCAAAUGUCCUGAUUUAGUUGAAAUACAUUAUUUAUCACGUCACACUACAAAGAAAUCUGUCAGGUACCUAUCGUCACAAUAACGUUGAAGAUUUGAGAGACAUGAUGUGGUGAAGCCACUGGAAAUAUCACGAUAGGUAGAUAGAUAGAUAACGUUGAAGAUUUGAGACACAUGAUGUGGUGAAGCCAUUGGAAAUAUCACGAUAGGCAAUCAUGGCGACUAUACCACAAUCUUUGGAUGAUAUCUCUGAAGCAAACCCAAGCAGCAUAAAGAGUGAUGAUAGCAGUCCACAUCAUGACAACAGCAGAGGGUCGCCACCUCCUAACUGUGCAAUAUGUCUAGGAACAUGUAAAAACAAAUCAUUCACUGAUUCUUGCUUGCACCAAUUUUGUUUCAACUGUCUUGUAACUUGGAGUAAGGUGAAAGCAGAAUGUCCAUUAUGCAAGCAAAAUUUUAAAUCAAUAAUUUAUAAUGUUCGUGCCAAUCAACAAUAUGAAGAAUACCAAGUGGAACAGCGCCAAGUUGAAUCUAGCCAGAGAAUUGAUAUUGAUACACUCACAAACAGAAGGUUUAGAUACAGAACUACAUUGACAUUGCCACGACGGCAGUCGAUAGCCUUCCAGCAGUUGUUGUUACGGCACUACCCACUUGUGGCAAAUGUGUUGAGUCCACCACGUCGUCGACGCUCUCCGGCUUCCUUCCGUCGCACUGUGUACCGACACAACCUGUGGGCGCGACCACUCCCCGACUUCACUGGACGGUUUCGUGACUGUACGCCAGAAUUCUAUAGAUCUAAUGCCACACAGUUACAUCGUCUCGUGCCCUGGUUGAAUAGGGAGCUUAGCUACUUAUUAAAUGGAAACGUAGGUCAUAUUUCUUACGUGCUGACCAGAAUCUUGGAAAUGUUGCCUCACCAUCACAUAACUUUCGGGACCGAGUUUCGGGAAGCGAUGACACGUUUCUUUGGUGACAGGACAGACCAUUUCUUACACGAGUUGUACUGCUUCGCGUCAACACCCUACGACAUGACCGGAUAUGAUCGUAAUGUGCAAUACACGACUGAUUCGCGUAUGUCGACAAUGGUCAACGAAGUGAUAUCUAGCUCGGAGUCAGAUGGAAGUGUCGACUCGGAUAUCGUGAUGGUGUCGAGUUCAUCUGCCGCCGAACCUUCCGCCGGUCCCUCGGGAGUACCGCGAGCUCCGCCCCGGGCCGCCCUCGCAGCCAACAAUAUCAUUCCCAUUGAAACAAUUUCACAUUCUGACACUGACGACGACUCAUCCGAAGUAAUGGUCGUCGGCUAUAUUAAACCCCCUCAGGAUCGAACUCCAGAACUCGUUGAUCUGGUCGGAUCUGAUAGCGACGUAGUGAUCGCCGAAACCACGCAACCUCAACCUGGACCGUCCGACACGAAUGCCGGCCCUUUUGUGAAGCUUACUUUGAAAAGAGACCGUCCUGAAGGGUCGAAUUGGUCUGGUUCGGACUCUGACGACUCGUACCGUCCGCUAAGGCGUCGUCGCCGGCGGCCGCGCUCCUCCGACUCCGCCACGACGGCAGACACGCGCCGCACCACGCCCGAACCUGCCUCCUCCACCUCCGCUUCGUCCGACGCCGAUCAGUCGUCAACAGACACGUCACUAUCUGACGACAGAAAAACCGGUGCCACCAGAAAGAAGAUCAGAAAGAGAAGCAGCAGGGAAGGCGCAACAUUUCGCCGGGAAAGAAAUGGAAGUGGAAGACGUUCGUCGCCCGGUCAACGACGCGAUAACAAAGUAAAUACCGACUCGAGUCAUCCGGAUCGAGACCGACGAAGUAAAAAGAAGUCACAUUCAGGAAAAGGAGUGAAAUGUUCUAGACGUCUCGAGGAGCCUCCCCCAGAAGCUCGGCCGACGGAAUCCGCGGGACGGAAGUUGAGGAGCGUCGUCACCGUCAUGCGCGGCCGGACCGCCGGGCCCGACAGGAGGUCCAGCAUCUCUGACUCAGACGACGACCUGCCUCUUAAUCUCACUGUACAGAAAAAGCAACCUCCCUCCUAGGGAUAGACUGUUGGCUCACGUGUGUGAAGUGAAUCAUAAUUUAUAUGAUAGACUUGUAUAAUAUUGCGAAGUUACUCAUAUUAAAAAAUACCCCAGUCGGUGUUGUGAUAUUUUGGUAAGAGAACAUCAUGGAACUACGACUGUGCCCGAAUGAAACUACAAUUGUAGACGGUGGCGAUGAUAUAGUUUGCACAAUUUGUGGCUGCAUUGUGUUUUGACCUUGUAGUGUCAAUUUCAAAUGAAUUACAACCCAAAAGAUGGAUUGAGGAGGAUUAAACCUGAGUUAUGAGAUCACCAUAGUUUUUUGUGCAUAUAUAUGUUUAAAAAACAACAUUUCUUCAGGCAUACAUAUGCAAUUAGUUUUCUAUUAUGUGGAUUGUUAAAAUUGUAUAUAAAUCGUUUUGUCGAAUUCUCGCUCAUACCUAAUUUAUGUGAAUAUUGGCAGAAAAUAUUUAUCAAUUCUAUUUGUGCUGAUCAUUUAAGAAGAGUUGUGAAACAUAAUAAUAGAAAAGAAUAAAAUACUUAAUCCAUUUUGUUUAUAAGAAAACUGUACAAAAAAAUAAAAAAUACACACCUGA